CACCGCCUCUCCCCGGCCACGCCGCGCGCCUCCCGGAAGUGGGGCCCCGGGGAAGCGUCUCCGACCUUCGCGCGGGGGUGGGAGGGCCGGCUGGUUCGGGGAGGCGGCGGGAGCUAGGGCCCCGAUGCCCGCCGGCAGAGCCUGGGAUGGCUUCGGCUGGAGGCGGCGACUGCGAGGGCGCGGCGCCGGAGGCGGACCGUCCUCACCAGCGGCCCUUCCUGAUCGGGGUGAGCGGCGGCACCGCGAGCGGGAAGUCCACCGUGUGUGAGAAGAUCAUGGAGCUGCUGGGCCAGAACGAAGUGGACCACCGGCAGCGGAAGCUGGUCAUCCUGAGUCAGGACAGGUUCUACAAGGUCCUGACCCCAGAACAGAAGGCCAAGGCACUGAAGGGACAGUACAAUUUCGACCACCCAGAUGCUUUUGAUAACGAUUUGAUGCACAGGACUCUGAAAAACAUCGUGGAGGGCAAAACUGUUGAGGUCCCAACCUAUGAUUUUGUGACCCAUUCAAGGUUAGCAGAGACCACGGUAGUCUACCCCGCAGACGUCGUUCUGUUCGAGGGCAUCCUGGUGUUCUAUAGCCAGGAGGUCCGGGACAUGUUCCACCUGCGCCUCUUCGUGGACACGGACUCCGACGUCAGGCUGUCGAGAAGAGUUCUCCGGGACGUGCACCGCGGGAGGGACCUGGAGCAGAUCCUGACCCAGUACACUACCUUCGUCAAACCAGCCUUCGAGGAGUUCUGCCUGCCGACCAAGAAGUAUGCGGACGUGAUAAUCCCUCGAGGGGUCGACAACAUGGUGGCCAUCAACCUGAUUGUGCAGCACAUCCAGGACAUCCUGAGCGGCGACCUUUGCAAAUGGCACCGAGGGUCCAAUGGGCGGAGCUACAAGAGGACAUUUCCUGAGCCGGGAAACCGUCCCGGGGUGCUGACCUCUGGCAAGCGAUCGCACUUGGAGUCCAGCAGCAGACCCCACUGAGGAGCGGGGUGCUCAGCCUCCUGGGCAGGACCCCCGACAGACCGUGUUCAGGGUCGGGCCCAGAGACGCCCACCCGCCCCUAUAAACGCCACCGCUGCUUCCUCUGGGCACCCUACAGUACGGACGGGAUGGGACGGGGGUCACUGCACCUGUUACGCCCAACCGGAUGUUGGCACACCCUCCCGACGUCUGUACCUGCUUGGUCACGUUAGAGGGUUAGAAGUCUAAGUUGCUGAGAAAUGACCCAGAACGUGUGGUGAGCCAGUCACGUCUUUCGGGAACGCGGAGCACGCGGCCUGGGUGUGGUGGCUGUCCCAGGUGUGCUUGACAGGAACCCACAGCGAGAGCGACUCGCCCUAGGACGACCCAGUUCCCACACAUGUGUGACUGAAACAGGUUUGAGGAGAGCGUGUCCCCCUUCUGUGCGUUACACGUGCGAAUGUUUCGUUAUUUAUUCUCCCGUGUGAGUCGUGACCCAGUAAGCGAGUUUCGUGCCCCGCCAGUGGGUGCGAUCCAGCGCGGCACACCCGGAUGGAGGGAGCCGCAGAGAGCUCUCCUUCCUCCUGGGCUGUGCGCCCGGGAAGGAGCCCCCGCAGCGAGCCUUUCCUUAACCAGCAGCGAACACAGGCGGCGGCACCUGCUUACCCAGGCCGAGCCCGGCUCCGCGGCUGCGGUGGGAGGCAGGCUGGCGCGCGCCGUGUCCCCAGCGGCCCUGCUCGGGAGCCCCUGGGCCCCGGGCACCGUGUGGACAGGGCACGGCGUCCAACGCCGGCCAGUCUCCUUGCGCACACCCAGCGUCCCCAGCUGCACGCACGAUGCCUGCAGCGGGUGUCCUGGUUUGUCUUCCCUCCCACGAGGCACGGUUUGUGUCCAAGUGACGCUUUCCCCUUGCCGCCGGCCGAGCUGCACGGGCACCUGCCGUCUCCUGCUGUCGGGCCCCGAGUGUAGUUACACAGAUGGGACCUCACGGGCGCGUGGCCGCGUCUGAUGGCUGUGUGACAGUCUCGUCAGCUUACUGUGCCCUUUGGAGGUUCAAUAAAUAACACCAAAUACCA